CAAAGUGAUGAAUUUAAUAGUUUAUAAAUUUUUAUUUAUAUUAAGUUUUUAAUUAAUUUGUAUUGCUUUAUAAGGAAAAAAAAUUUUUUUUUGGAAUAAGAUUGUAGUUUUUUAUUUUUAUUUUAUAAAUUAUGACAUUUACUUAAAAAGUAUUUAUUUACUUUUUAGUGAAGGAUAAAAAUAUACAUAAUUCUAGGUACGGUGUAAUUUUUUAAGUUAAUCGAUCAAUUAAUAAUAAUAUAUAAAGUGAAGUGUGAGCAUCACGCUCACAGUGUAACAAUUAUGUUACGAAAUAUAUGUGUACCAACGACGGGUUAAGAGAGAUAAAAAAAUAUGAACAAAUAGACAAGAUUAUUUCAGAGGUAGCCGUUAGUAAAUUCAUAAACCACUUAUACUAUUUGACCGAAGAAUGUGUUGCAUUUUCCUUACUUGAUGAAAGAAUAGAUGUUAACACCAAAUUAAAAAUGGCGCAAAAAAUGCAAACCGAAAUUGAUGAGAUGGAAGAUCAUGCAAAAAAAUUGAAUUUAAAAAUAAGUGAUAUACCCACCUUUUUAAGCAAAUCAAAUGAAGAAAUUCUGAUAUCACUGUUAAGCAAAAAGUCAGCAGAUAUAUUUGACCGUUUUAAAAUUGAAAACUUUUUACAUAUUUCCCCAUUUGAAUGGUUAAAUUCAAGUGCCUACCAAAAAGGAAAAAAUGCAAUUGAACAGUUAAAAGUUGUUAACGAUUCAGCUGAAAGAGGUGUGAAACUUAUAGAAGAUUUUAAUAACAGUAUUACGAAAGAUGAAAGUCAAAAACAAUUUUUAUUACAAACUGUCAAGGAUUAUAGAUCUAGGUAUCCCCAUUCAACAAAAAGCACUUUAAGCAAUCCGUUAAAUAUUUAA